GCUAUCAUGACUUGUGGUCUGAUUCUGCUGCUCAUUUUGAGCAUUGCUGCAGUUUGUUCAGUAGAUGGAGAUAACUCUACUGAGUGUGUGAAUCAGGAGGAACUGGCUGCUGUUAAGGCAGAGGUGGAUCAGCUAAACUCACAGCUACACUACUGGCAGAAUGCGACUGUCAACAUUCUCAAGGACCACUGCUCCUCCAUCAAUACAGGUCCAGCUCGCGAGUGUGGAAGUGAAGUGACUGGAGACACUGUUCUGAUGUCCAUUGUGUUCAACAUCACACAG